AUGUCCAAGCUCAUUACUGUUUUCGGUGCCACCGGCAACCAGGGAGGCUCGGUUAUCAAGGCAAUUCUCGCCGAUUCCGUUCUCUCCAAGGAGUUCAAGAUUCGCGGCAUUACUCGCGAUGUCUCCAAGCCUGCCGCACAAGCUCUGACCAGCAAGGGCGUGGAAAUGACAGCUGCCGACUUGAGCUCCAAGCCGUCUCUCCAAGGCGCACUCAAAGGUUCACACACGGUCUUCCUUGUGACGAACUACUGGGAGACGGCCAACGCCGAGGUGGAGAUCACGCAGGGAAAGAACGUCGCCGACGUGUCAAAGGAGCUCGGUGUGCAGCAUCUAAUCUUCUCAAGCUUGCUGCACGUGACUGAGACGAGCGGCGGCAAGCUGAAGCACGUCCCCCAUUUUGAUGGGAAGGCAGAGAUUGAGAGGUACAUCAAGAAUAGCGGGGUUCCAUGCUCUUUCUUCUUGCCGGGAUACUUCAUGUCCAACUACAAGUCGCAGUUGAAGGAGGGUGAAGAUGGCGUCGUCACCUUGGCGUAUCCAGUCAGCGCAGCGGCAAGGUUCCCGCUGCUGGACAUUGCAGAGGACACGGGGAAAUUUGUCAAGGCGAUCAUCAAGAACCGUGACAGGCUGCUGGGCGCACAUGUCUACGGCGCUGCAGACUAUUAUACGCCAGAACAGAUCCUGUCUGAGUAUGCGGAGGUCACAGGAAAGACGACGCGGUUCGUGCAGGUGUCAAACGAGCAGUACAUGAAAUUCCUCCCUGAGCCAAUUGCGGAGGAGAUGUUGGAAAACCACCUGUUUAUCGAGAGCCCUGGCUACUACAAUGGUGCCAGCUUGGCUGACAGUCUUGGAUUGCUUGAAGAGAAACCCGUGAGCUGGAAGGAGUUUGUGGCUAAAGCGUUGAAGAAGUAG